UCAACACUGAGCCUGGUUGCAGGUUUAUAAAGGGCAAUGAACAGGCUGAAAAAUGUUUCUGGAGGUAAACUUGUGAUACCAGCACCUCAAGAAUGGACAGAAAACGUGGGAAAUACAUAGUGAAUAUUGAACACUCUGGAAACCAGCCGCCGUUCAUGAACCUUACAAAGUAUGAAGCUCACAGUUCAGCAUGUGGGUUGAAAACAUCAGUUGAUGUAACUGGUGAUGCUGGUACCAAUUUAACUGACGUCUGCACCAACACAGGGACACUUGGACACUCAAACUUUCCAAACAGAGAAUUCCAACAAUGUCAGGUGACACGGAAUUUCUUCAGUGACUGGUCUCUGUGGAAAAUAUUCCUGGUUUCUCUCUUAGCUUGUGUAAUAACAACAGCAAUUGGAGUUCUCAUAGUGUGUCUGGUGUAUAGUGGGAGAAAUAAUAACACCACCAUUGUUAUCCAUCUUCCUCAAAAACAUGGGACACCCUCAUCGACAACUGAAACAGCUUCAUCUGCUAGUUCCCAAACUACAGUUCCCACUACUACAGUAGGUUCCACAACCACAACGUCUUUUCCAACUACCAUCUCUACAACCACUGCUAGCUCUUCAACAGAACCUACCGGCUUAACAACCACUGAUUCAACAGAAACUACAACAGCAGCAGCAACCAAUUCAUCUGACCUGACAACAACAGUGGCCACAGAGGCUCCAACCACAGCGCCCCCACUGCUGCUCCUACUGAAUCCACGGCCACGGCAUCACCCACCUCUCCAGCAGAACCAGUUACCACUGCAGAUGCCAGUACUGGUACCGCUGAGGCUCCAACCACAGCCGCCCCCACUGCUGCUCCUACUGAAUCCACGGCCACGGCAUCGCCCACCUCUGCAGCGGAACCAGCUACCACAAUAGCUGCCAGCCCUACUACUUAAUCUACAACGUCAACAACCACCACUCCUUCUUCUACCACUUCUACUGAACCUACAACCACCACAGUUGCUUUCACUUCAACUGAACCAACUAUCACAACAACUGCCAGCACUACCACUUAAGGGUACAGUCACAUCAGCCAGUACCAUCCCUUCUACAACUUCUGCUGAACCUACAGCCACGGCCGCAGUUACCCCUUCUUCUGAAUCCCACCCACACAACUGUUAGCUCCAUCUUUUAACCUGAACCUGCCACCAUAACUCCAGUCGUCUUCCCUCAGCUGGAGACGUUACCACAAUUGCAAGUGCCGUUUCAGUUGCACCCAGCACCAUGACUACCGGGUUCUUAUUGCCUGAAUCUCUGACGGCCGUAACAUUUUCUGGUCUACCAUUGUAAUAUUACGGUACCAAUUCAACUCCACAAUGGUUCCACAGUGGUAAAGCCUCCCACUCAGCUGAAGCUACAACUACAUAAAUUACUCAGCAACUUCAAGUCUGAAUUAUUUUCAUUUCAAAUGAACCUACAAUAUCAGUUUAACAGAAUCUCCAGACACUACUGUGCGCUCUUCAACUGAAUUUGCGCUACCACGUUAGCUACCUUCAACUCAGUGACUGGAUCUGGUCUGUUCUCUGACAUAAAUAAAACAUCAUCUUCAACCCCCUUUCCUCCAGUAAAAAUAAAGGUGACACAGAUGCUACCAGCUCAGCUGACUUUCUAAUCACAGCACCCUAAUGACCUCAGCUGAAAUGAUAAUUUCCAUACCUGGUAAUAGAAACAUAAUGAUACCUGUUAAUAGAAAAUGCACCCACAACUAAGUAAUUUAUUGUCACAAUGCAGUUAGCAAUUCCACUCUGCCUUCGCAUGAAUCCAUUGCCACAACAACAUUCCAUCAACAAUACAUGCUGCUACAAUAACUUCUACUGAAAUUUUGCAGUAGGGACCAACCACCACAUCAAUCAGUCCUACAGUCAUACUACCAUUUCUACACCUCGUCAUUUCUACACCGCCACCAUUUCUACUGCACAUGGUACUACAACAUACAAACCUCACUAAACCCUCCAGUACCCUAUCAACUGAUUCUGUAAGCACUGUAACUUCUGCUGAUACAUUGUUUAAAGCUAUCUAUUACUUAUUAGUCUGAACCAAAUGCUGCCUCUAUGUAUGCUAAUCCAGUAAUCACAAUAUCACACCUACUUGACAGAAAUGGCAAAGUCAUAAUGACCCCUUCCGUUGCAACCAUUGUUAGGAUGCUUGCAAGGUAAAUCCUAACAUCCAUUAUCAUCACUCCCACACCAGAGGUCAAUAACCGCCAAUGUACAACUCUAACAAUUGCCAAAAUAACCACUUCGAAAACAAGGUUACUUAACCAGUCCAACUAUCAUUCAAGUGAUAAUGAAUUUCAUCCCCAAAACAAGAUUUAGAUUUAACAAUACCGUGUUAGCCCUGACCAUUUAAUGAGGAGAGUCUCUAUUUUGUGAGGUUUUAGAUAAUACAAUUGUCAUAUAAAGUAAAUCCAAUCUAUUUUCACAUUGGAAAACUGUUUUAUAAUUGAAUAAAAAGUUACCAAGUGUGAAUUUAGUCUUUUAUUUUUCCAAAGACCUAGUCUUUAAUACACAAAUUCCAUAUGCACAGGGAAAAUACAUUCUAUAUUAUAAGAGUAUGUUAAACACAUUUAUGUAUUAUCACAUUUUCUUUUUAGAUUGUGCCAAAAUUACUUCCGUUUCAUUUUCUCUUUAAAUCAUUUUGAUGUACAAGUAAUAUUUUAAAUGUGUUAUCACUAUUUUCAAUUAGGGAUUUUGUUGUCUACUACUUUUUUUUGCAGUAAUCUUAUAAAGGCAUUCAAUUAAAUAAUUUGAGUAAAUAAUAAUAAUCAUAUUUGAAUAAAUAAAUAAUAAUUUACUUAUGCCUGCUAUCUGCUGAAAUACCAGAGAAAAUUCCUCCCACAUUGCUAACCUUACAGUAAUUAUAUGCAAUUAAUAUAAUAAAACUUUAUUAAAACCC